CAAACCAGUGCUGGUUGCUGCAAGCUCUUGAGUGAAACUUCCAAGGGAGGCUUGCUUUUUCCAAACGGACAUAGAAAAGUCUCCGGUUCUCCAUGCACCUCAGAAGAUGUAACAGCACUGGCUAGAUCUGAUGACAUGUCAAAGAAUCCCCCUCAGCUCUCUGAAACUGAAAUCAAAAGACAUCAAGAUGCAUGAGACGAGGAAUUUCCAUUGAUGCUUUUUAUUCCACCUGUGCAGUCAGUUAAUUCCUCAGCACAUCCCACUGUGCUGGCAACUUUGGUGUAUUUAUAUGAAGCAAAAUACUGGUAAAAUCCUCUUUAACUUUCCCUCAAGACUGCUCGGUGGUUUGACAGCUGCCUGGAAUGAUUUGCUUGCUCGAAGAAUGUUGACUUUGGAAUGGGAGUCUGAGGGACUGCAAACAGUGGGUAUUGUUGUGAUUAUAUUUGCGUCUCUGAAGCUUCUCCAUUUGCUCGGAUUGAUUGAUUUUUCAGAAGACAGCGUAGAAGAUGAAAUGGAAAUGGCCACUGUGCGGCAUCGACCUGAAGCCCUCGAACUCUUGGAAGCCCAGAGCAAAUUCACAAAAAAGGAACUUCAGAUCCUCUACAGAGGGUUCAAAAAUGAAUGUCCCAGUGGGGUUGUUAAUGAAGAGACUUUCAAAGAGAUUUACUCUCAGUUCUUCCCACAGGGAGAUUCCACAACAUACGCACAUUUUCUCUUCAAUGCAUUUGACACAGAUCAUAAUGGAUGUGUAAGUUUUGAGGAUUUUGUUAUGGGCCUUUCAAUUUUACUCCGAGGGACAGUGCAGGAAAAGCUCAACUGGGCUUUUAAUUUGUAUGAUAUAAAUAAGGACGGCUAUAUAACUAAAGAGGAAAUGCUGGAUAUUAUGAAAGCUAUAUAUGAUAUGAUGGGGAAAUGCACAUAUCCUGUUGUCAAAGAAGAUGCCCCAAGACAACACGUGGAAACAUUUUUCCAGAAAAUGGACAAGAAUAAGGAUGGUGUAGUUACCAUAGAUGAAUUUAUUGAAAGCUGUCAAAAAGAUGAAAACAUAAUGCGUUCCAUGCAGCUCUUUGAAAAUGUGAUUUAAUCUCUUGCCGUUCUCUCUUCAGUUAAUGGACAAUAAUGAACAAUUCUGCAGCAACAAAUCCAUAAAGCUGUUGCCACGUUUACCAUAAAACAGGAUUGCUCAGCUUUACACUGAGAUGUGUAUAACACAAAUUAGCUUUGUUUAAUUAAAGCCUUCCUAAUUGAGAUUGUAUUUUUCAAUAGUUGAGGUAAAACAGUCCUGUUAAACAAUGCUCUUGUAGUUCUUCAAACCUCAUUUAAAUCCAGAGAACAAUCCAAAGAAAACAACAGUAUGAAAACUGCAUUACUGCCAUCCCAGCCAUGAUGGAAAAGGUACAGGAAAGAUGGAAAUGGGUAGGAGUUUGACUUUCUAAAAUAUAAAACUGAUUUAAUUUCAUACUCCCAUUUGUAUGAACACUGUCCUCACUCAGGUGUCAGUUAAAGGUUAUUUACAGGUUGGGCACAAUUAUCCCAUUCAUGGAGGCAUACUAGAGUGUUUUUCCAUUUGCCCCAUUCCUGUACAUUAGCAUCACUGGUUUAUGGGAAGUCUUAUCAGAACUCAGGUUGCCCUCUCUGGAGCUAUUGGUUCUGGAUUGAAGAGACAGUUGGAUAGACAUAUGUUGAGCAAGUCAUAAUUCAUCACACAGAGAUUAUGAUCAAAUGAGCACAUGCAGGCAUGCCUGUGUGUCAUGGGAGAGGCAGGUGACCUCAUUAUGCUGUAUGGUGAUCCUACUCUUACAGGGAUUCAUUGUACUCUUCUUCAUUUGCAGCACGGGUGCUGUGGCCUACAUUUUUUUUUAAAUCACGAUCUACUCAUUUUAUAGAAAGUGUUCUUUUUAUAGUAAAAACCUUAAAUGACUCAAAUGAUUCAAUAGUUGCCUGUGGCAAACAUUUUCUGUCCUCAAAACUACCAGUUUAGUUACAAUGCAGACAGAAAUUUACUCAGAAGUUUACGUCCUGAUGGAAAUAAGUUUACUAUUACUGGUAUUUCAGCUGAGCGAAGCAAAAGUCAGAGUGAAUUUCAUUACUUCUAAGAAUAACUUUGGCCAGAUAAAAAUCAAGGACGGGGGAAUGGGAGAAGAAGAAUGUUCUUAUACGUUUCCAGUAUUUCACUGCUUUAAAACAGCCAUAUCCAACAGCAGGCAGCCUGCCACUGGUUAUGUCAAAUGAUUUUUUCCCUCUUAUUACACAGUCAGCAGUAUUGGAGAUGUUUAUUAGCAUAGUAAUGGUAGAGUUUUGAGGGACUGUACACCCUGUUUUUUAAAAAAAUGAUUACAAUCAUUACCAUUGUGCAGAAAAGGCAGAUUGGUACUAUAAAGAUAUAUGAUGGAGGAAUAAAAAAAAUAAGGGAAUAAGUUGUCUCAUGGGCUUAAUCAGUUCCAGCUAACCUCAGCACUAGCAGGUAUAAUGCACUGCACACCCUGUUGAAGUGACAAGGGAAGAAAGAGAGGUGUAGGAUGCCCCACACAUUAACUUUCUCCCUGGCCAGCAUACAAGGAGAGUGACAACUGAACUCAAAGAAGAGUCAUGUUUCCCCAAUACAGUCAGGUAAUUAUUAAAUUACUGUCUGUCCAUCCAGAAAACUAAAAUUACCAGUAUAAGAUAUAAUCCAAUCUGAUUUGUGACAUUUCUGCACAAACGAUUUGAAGAGCUUACAGAUGUAUAAUGAAAGCUGCAAACUGUUUUUGCAAAACUAAAGCAGGCAUCUAUUCUGGUGUAGAGAUGGAAUAGAGAAGCAUGUUGAAGGCUGCUCUGCUAUCACCAGUGUAGGAAUAUGAGUAGUACAAUACAUGUACACUUGAACUUUGCUGUAGUAUGUUUGUGAAAAUUAAAUGUGCACAUUUUUAUAAUAAAAUUAGAAAGACAG